UCCGAGAGAUCACGGACCCCACCGCGUCCCUCGAGGGAAGGCGUCCAGGACCGGCUGCACCAUUCGGCAUCCAACUUUGGUGGGCGCCGGGCCGACUCCACUCCAGCGCAGCGGUGCUCGACCCGAACUGACUCAUCGUCGACCUUCCUGGCCAUCUUCCCUGUCGGAAUAACUCCAGCAGUUUUACAAGACACAACAACUACAAUAUGCGGCUGCUCGCGGAACUGGAUCAGCUGAGCGAGGAGCAGGAGCUGCAGCUCUACAAGAAGUGGGAGACGACGCCCGAGGCGACGCGGAGGGACGCAGUGACGUUGCGGGAGUGGCUCCAGAAGCAGCCGCACCUCCCCAAGCUCACAGAGGAAGAGGAUGAUUGGCUCUGUCGAUACCUCCUGGCGUGCAAGAACUCGCUGGAGCGUGCCAAGCGGCGGAUCGAGUACUUCUUCACCGUGCAGGCCAUGUGGCCCGAUUACUUCAACGCGCCGUCCGUCGAAGUCGGCAUGGCGUUCGCCGAUUACAUGUGGGGUGGACCACUGCCCAAGAUGCUCGAGGACGGCACACGCGUCACGUUCUAUAAGUUUUCGCCCGAGCUCGCGAAGGACCCGUCCAACAUGAACUGGAUGAUGUUCUACAUGCUGUCGCUGGGAUACAUCGAACUGCAGCUCUCCACGCCCGGCCAGCCCCUCCACAUUGAGGUCAUCUUUGACGUCGAGCACUACACCAUGGGCGUCAACACGUCUUUCGUCGCGCACCUCGGCGAGUUCCGCCGCUUCGUCCAGUGCCUGCAGUUUUCAGAAAAAAUUUUCCCCGGACAAAAUCGUAAACAAUUGAUUCUUAUGGCCAAUAAUAACAGAGGGCCCAUUGGGGUUUAG